GCUUCAAUCCUCUCAGGUCGGCUCAUUCACAGGAAGUCUGUGUCCGUCUGUCCGUCAUUGUUGAGCAUUGAGGGUUGGUCAAAGUUCACAGCCGGACCACCUGAUUGGCUGAUGGACCUCGGCUAACAGUUCACAUAUAAGGAUUCUCUGAGCGGCGCCCGUCUCCUCCUCUGAUUGACAGCUCACCGUUCAGUUCUGCACCAGGUUCUGCUGACUCACGUCCAUCUGCAACAACAUGAGUCCAAGAAAUGUUGUUUUCAAGAAGAUCUGCAAAGACAAGUCGGUCGGAGUGUACAUGGGGAAAAGAGACUUUGUGGACCGUGUGGACUCAGUGGAUCCUGUGGAUGGCGUCAUCCUCAUUGAUCCCGAGGCUCUGCAGGGGAGGAAAGUGUUCGUCACCCUGUCCUGCACCUUUCGGUACGGCAGAGAUGACAUGGAUGUGAUGGGAAUCGCCUUCCGCAGGGAGCUGUACCUGGCCACCCGCCAGGUGUACCCGCCCCUGCAGGACCGCGAGAAAGGAGUCCACACCAAGUCCCAGGCCCGACUGCUGCGCAAGCUGGGAGACAACGCCUACCCGUUCUUCUUCGAGCUACCUGACAACCUGCCUUGCUCAGUGGCUAUGCAGCCGACGCCACAUGACGCAGGCAAGCAAUGUGCCGUGGAGUUUGAGAUCAAGGCGUUCAGCGCGGAGAGCCAGGACAGUAAAGUUCGCAAACGGAGCUCAGUGACGCUGACGCUCAGGAAGGUGCAGUUUGCCCCAGAGAGCGAAGCAGUGGCGCCCUCUGUUGAGACCACCAGGGAUUUCGUCAUGUCUGACAAACCGCUGCAUGUCAAGGCCAGUCUGGACAGAGAGAUGUACUACCAUGGUGAAUGCAUCAAGGUGCACGUCAGUGUCACUAACAACUCCAGCAAAAACAUCAAGAACAUCAUCGUCUCUGUGGAUCAGGUCUCCAAUGUGGUCCUGUACUCCAAUGACAGCUACAUCAAGUCUGUGGCCAUCGAGGAGUUUGGGGACUCGGUGUCUGCUGGGGCCACCCUGCAGAAGACCUACACGCUGCUGCCCCUGCUGGCCAACAACCGGGAGCGGAAGGGCAUCGCUCUGGACGGGAAACUGAAGCACGAGGACACCAACCUGGCAUCGUCCAGCAUUGUCAAGGAGGGCGUGCUGAAGGAGGUUCUGGGAAUCAUGGUGUCAUACAGAGUGAUGGUGAAGCUCAUCGUUGGAGGGAUGAUGGGAUCAAGUGAGGUGGGACUGGAGGUUCCCUUCAAACUGAUGCAUCCUAAACCGGAUGCAGUGAAGGAGAGUGAGAUGGAGGAGGAGAUGGUGUUCCAGGAGUUCAAGCGUUCCUACCUGAAGGGGAUGAUCAACGAUGAGGACGAAGAUGGAAACGUGUCGGGUGGCGACGACAUGGCGCCCAAAGAGAAAUAGAGGAGAGAGGGGGGGGGGGGGCUGAAGCGUGGGCAGCUGGGAGUCUGAGUCGCUUCAGAGAUUUUGAUAGAAUAAGAUGCAGCUAAAUGACAGAGCCUUCGUUCAUCAUGUUUCAGUCCCACGACAGCUGCUUUCAAAGUGAAUUUGUGCUUUUAGAAACGUCCUCAGGAGCUGAAUCUAAAUGUUCAGACUGAAGUAACGAGUCGGCUGUAGUUUCCUCAUGUGACUCGACAGCUUCACUGUAGAGCUGCUGCUGAUUGUUAGAGAUGUCCUGCAGAAACAUUUGUAUGAUGAUGAAACUCUGUGCGACUAUGUGAGCUGUGUGUCAAUAAAGCUGAUCGAUCCGU